GCGAGGACAGCGCGUGCGCAGCGCGGCCUCGCGACAGUCAUGUGGACAGCGCGUGCGCAGCGCGACAGAUGGCGGAGCUGCCGGUGGUGGAGAGCGCGGGAAGUGAGGGGCCGCCGCCCGGCCUCCCCGACUCCAGCCCUCGGUACCGCACCUCCGGCCUGGUCAGCCGGGCCGCCGCCCAGUUCGCCAUGGGCAGUCACCAGGGGCAGGUCAUUGGUAACCUGGCCUCGGCCUUCGAGAAGGACCCGGUGCUCGCCAGGAAACACCUGGAGCGGCUCUUCUCCCCGCCAGCCGCCGCCGCCCUCCUCCAGCAGGUCAAGCGCUUCAUCGAAGCCCAACUGGCUGAGUACCGGGAGACAGUGCGCCGCAGGCCGGACCUCCGGUCGGACACUGGCUCCGACCUCUUGCUACCCGUCCUCGACGCCCUGCAGCUGCAGAUGCAGCUGGACACCCAGGCCGGCCGGGACACGCGGAUCCGCCUGGCCGACUGCCGGCUGCUGACUGGCGAUGUCCGCGGCUCGCUGGCACUCUGCCAGAGCCUGGCCACUGCCGAGCGGGGCUCCUCCUAUCCCCUCACCGUGCUGGCACUCCGCGCCAUCUGCCACCUACACGCCGGCGAGCAGGCUCUGGCUCUCGCCGACUGCCAGGCCAUCGUGGAGCACGAGUUGCCGCAUCCCGACACUUGCGUCCGGGCCAUGUGCGGCCGCGGCCUGUUGAGGCUAAUGGACGGCAAGCCCUACCUCGCGGCGUUAGACUACAUCACUGCGAGCCGGUUGCGGCUGAAUGAGACCGCAUUCUUCGUCAAGGCCUACGUGCCGUGGAACCAACGAGGUCUCUUGUACAAGGUGCUUCAGGAGGAGGGAGAGAAGAUGGUGCGGAAGAAGCUGUGCAAUCCAGCCUCCGGCAGCAGACUCCGCAGGAAGGCGGUAGAGACGACAGCCCACGCUUGUUCCAACAAAGAAAGAGAUGCACUGGGUGUCCAUUAUUUGGCUUUGUUGCUGUUAGAGCUGGAGCCAACAGACGAGGUUUCCCGAAUUUUAUAUGCAGAUGCUCUCUACCAACUAGGCCGAAUAGAAGAGGCUCAUAAAACAUUGCUGGUAUCACUUGGGAUGAACUCUUGGUGUUCCCCGGUCUUGGCUCGGCUCGCCCUUCUUCAGUUGAAGAAAAGCUGUACAGGUGAAUCCAAUCAGUUGAUAAAGAAAAUUCUUAAGAUUGGGGAUACCUCCUGUCUUCUGCCUAUAAUGGACAUCUUUAAAGAAGAAGAUCGAGACCUACUACAGCAACAUUGUCAUACCAGUGCCAUGUCAAUCCUACAAAAUAAGGAAGGUGACACCUAUGUAAAAGAAGCAGUGGCAUAUCUAUCUUUAGCUAUCAUAACAUCAGGGGGCAUUGAUGAAGCUUCAUUACUCACUAGAGCUCGAUGCUAUGCAUAUCUUAAUCAGAAAAAAACAGCAAUCUUUGACUUUGGCACUAUCUUAAAGGCAAACCCAGCCCAUGUGCAUGCACGAUGUGGACGUGCCUUCAUGUAUGUAGUCCUAAAUAAGCAAAAGGAAGCAAUUCAAGACAUUGCAGAAGCCUUGCAAAGAGAUCAGAAGUUGGCCAUACAAGAAAUCUCAUCUCUGAAGCUGGAAGCUCAAAGUCUGAUUUGCUGUUGGCUGCAUGAAUAUUGUGUUAAUGCCCUGACUGGAAUGGUGGAUGUCGAGGAAAAGAUCUUCGGUGAAGAUGAUGUUAAUCUACCUGCAAUUGGCCAAUCUCUACUCUUGAUCAAUGGCAAAAAUUCAACCUGGCACAUCCUGUACAUUGAUAUAUUGAUUGCAAAAGAAAUGUAUGAUGAUGCCUUGAAACAUCUGCAGGAUAAUUUUGGGCAACCUCCUAAUGAUGAUGCUGCCAUGUCCAGGCAUGGGCUCAUUCAGAUGAAGAUGAAGAAUGCACAGCUUGCCGUUCCGAAUCUGAGCAUUCUUGCGGAAAAGGAUAACAAAGCUUUGGAAUUUCUGUUAAAAUACCUGGAUAACAAACAACUUCAUACUGUAGUUCAGAUCGCAUCACAGGAAGCCAUUGCAUUGGCCAAAGGGAAUCAACAGGAGAAAGCACUGAAACACUAUACACUAGCUGUCCUUGCAAGUAAAAAUAAAGCCAAAUAUGUUCGUCUGCGUGCAGCAUGUCUAAUCAGACUGAAGCAAUAUGAAAGGGCCCUAAAGGACCUGCAUGAGGUCGUCAUAAGAAGCACCAACAGAAACUCCUCAGACUUGGUAGAAGAUUAUUGUUCCAUAGGACAUAUUCAACUCCUUACCCUGAGGGAUGAAGAGGCUUGUGCGAACUAUAUAAAAGCCUUGCAGUUAGACCAGUCUUUAGCAUUAACCAACAUCUCCAGUAGGCCAGGGCAGUUCAGCUUGUCUCAACACUUCCAGCGAAAUGCUCUCCGAAACUUUGAACAGCAGCGUUAUGAAGAAGCUUGGAAUGCAGCAGAAUAUGGACUGAUGAUUGAUGAAAAUAACAGCGAAUUGAAGAAACUGAAAACUAGGAUUAAGCGAGAGGCAUCAGGAUGUAUUGUUCAUUAGUAUUGUACAUCAUUCAAUAAUUAACAAAAUAUUUAGACAAUGUGCCUUUAUGGUGGCAUACUGUAACUCCAUGAAAGGCUGAGGUCAAAAUCGGAAUUCUAGUAAUUACAAAUUUUUGGUAUAGAUUGCAGAUUGAGCUGGAACUGACAGUAUUAAGAAUAAUUGUGAGCAUGAUAUGAGGAAACAGAAACAUUUAAAAGACAAUGCCUUUAUGUAAAUUGCCAGAUCAGAAUUUUCUUUCAACAAACUUGAAUUCAAUUUUUCUUUGAACUGGUUUGGACGGUAUGUCAGAAUAUUGUUUGAUGCUGCACUUCCGGUGAAAUUAUGAGAAUGCAAUGCCAAGGAACUCUCCUAAGUUUCAUUGCAAUUCAAUUUUAAGAUGUUUUAAUCCACAUUUAAACAGGAUAUAGGGCCUGGUUUCAAGUUAACACAAGGCUAAAGAAAGCCUUUCAACAGGCUACCCGCUUUACAUUCAUAUGGGCAGUCAUUUGUGGUCUAUUCACUUGUUAGAAAUUUAGCACUGAUCUUUAUAUAAUAUUACUUUUUAAAUAUGGUAAUUUUAAUUUGCUCUUGCCAUUAAAAUGCCUGACAUUCACUUUUAAAGGGCUGUGUUGGUAUAACUGAAGGAAAGGUUGAAUGACACUGAAGUCUGAAAGAGUAUGCAUAGGAGGAUAAACUGGUGAGUACCAUUGGAGUCUAAAGUUGGCCCCUUCAUUAAAAUUGUUUCCUUCUUGUACAUUUUACUAGAAUGUUGCCUGGGUUUCAGCAACUAAGUUACAGAGAAAGGUUGAACAAGUUAGGUCUUUAUUCUUUGGAGCACAGAAGGUUAAGGGGGGACAUGAUAGAGGUCUUUAAAAUGAUGAGAGGGAUAGACAGAGUUGACGUGGAUAAACUUUUUCCAUUGAGAGUAGGGAAGAUUCAAACAAGAGGACAUGAUUUGAGAAUUAAGGGACAGAAGUUUAGGGGUAACAUGAGGGGGAUCUUCUUUACUCAGAGAGUGGUAGCUGUGUGGAAUGAGCUUCCAGUGGAAGUGGUGGAGGCAGGUUCGAUUUUAUCAUUUAUAAAUAAAUUGGAUAGGUAUAUGGACAGGAAAGGAAAGGAGGGUUAUGGUCUGAGUGCAGGUAGAUGGGAAUAGGGGAGAAUAAGUGUUCGGCACGGACGAGAAGGGCCGAGAUGGCCUGUUUCCGUGCUGUAAUUGUUAUAUGGUUAUAUAGUUAUAUUUUGGUCCUUUGUAUUGAACACAUAGGCACUCUUUCACCUGGGGUCUUUUAGCACAGGGGAAGAGAUUGUGAAUAUUGCUAUUACAUAUAUACUUUUUAUUAUGUACAAUAAACUGCAUGUUUAAUUAAUUUUAUUAAAUUAUAAUUUUGCUGGAUUAGUAAUUGAAUUUGGAAAUCCAACAAAAGUAAUAUAUGAUUUAAUAUACAUAAUUAACUUCUUGGAAACAAGUUACAAGGACAAAUAGUUUAAAUGUAAAAUUGAUGUGCUGUGUUAGAUUUUUAAAUAAAACGUUUUUAUUAUUCUGCUUUCUUUUUUCCUGAAUUUCGAUAUUUCCCUUCAGUAGGCUUAAGUAUUUUUUUCCAGAGGUGUCAACAGCAUCAAUACAUCAAUACCAUGUUGCUGAUCUUCAUGUGAUUCCUGAGACCUGAUGUUAGCAGGGCAUUCAGUGGCAGGAGAUGUUACAGAGGGGCUGGACCCUGGCCUUGCUUGGAUAUUCACUCUCACACAUUUUUUUGCAGUAGUCGCUGGUCAGCAAUCAGUUAUUCAAUUGUUCCUGUAGAAUUUUCACGAUGACAGAGAAAUUUCAAAACAAUUUACCUUGAAAAUGUCACCGUUAAUUGUUUCCUACCUUAAGAAUAAAAAUAUUCAUGAUGGAAUUCAUAGUAGAUUGUAUUGUAAAUGUUGAGCAGAAGAGUUGUGGUUUUAAGGACCUAACAGUUUCUCAAAUAUUAGCGAGACUGGUGGCAGGUUUUGUUAAUGUGACUUUUGUUCUUUUUUCACUAUUCAUUGAUUACUAUUCCACUGAAAACUGCCGAACACUGGGAGAAUGUGAAAAUGCUAUCUAUUGUAGUUAGGAAUAUAUCAAACUUGUAUUUAAGAUAUUAGAUUUAUACAACCUUUGUGAUGAUCUUAGUGAGAUUCUUAACCUAAUACGUGCAUGCAUAUUUUUAAAUAGACAUUGCAUUAUCCCACAUCCAAUCUAUUGAUUUCCUGGAAGGAACAAGGAACUGCAGAUGCUGGUUUACAAAAAAAAAGGACAACGUGCUGGAGUAACUCAAUGGGUCAUGUAGGGUUGCCAGAGAACAUGGAUGUGACGUUUUGGGUAGGGACCCUUCUUCAGACUGAUUGUAGGAGGCGUGAAAGAAAGCUGGAAAAGGAGGGGCAGGACAAAGUCUGACAGGUAGUAGGUUGAUACAGGUGAUUGGGGUUUUGAUAGGCAGAUGAUGAUUGGACAAAGGACAGAGAUGAAAAGACAGAGGUGGAAUCGUGGCUUGAUCCGACGAGCAGGAUCUCCGAGCAGCAACGGAGCUGGAGCUGCCGACGGUAAGGGAACCUCUGUCCCAGCGCAGGCUCGCGGAAACAGCAGAUAGAGUAAGUACAGUAUCUGUAAGCAUGGCCUCCAUUGUAUCCGGAAACAUGGUCGUCGGGCAGGACUUCAGGUCAGAUUGAAGCGCAAGGGACUCUGACCCCCCUCUCGCUACCAUCCUACUAGUCAAUGUACAAUCAUUGGAAAAUAAGGUGGAGGACCUAAGAUCCCUUACGAAAGGGAGCUGAGGAAAUGCUCUGUGUUCUGUUUCACAGAGGCAUGGCUCACCCCCAGACUCAGCAGUCCAGCCUGAAGGUUUCUCCAUCCAUCGCAUGGACCAUAUACUGGCAUCUGGGAAAGGGAGAGGAGGUGGCAGUUCUGUCCAGCCCCUGCUCUCUGGAACAUCUGGCGUUGAAAUGUCGCCCCUUCUACCUACCGAGGAAAUUCACCUCCAUCAUCCUGUCUGAAUCUCACCCCAGGCAUACGUCGUCUGGCACUGGAGGAGUUGCAUGCCGUAGUCAACAAGCAUCCGACAGCUUACCCCAAGGCGUUUACCAUCAUAGCCAGGGACUUCAACAGAGCCAACCUGAAAAAAUCUCUCCCAAACUUCCAUCAAUAUGUCUCCUUCAGCACCAGAGGAUCAAACACUCUUGACCACUGCUAUACAACCAUCAAAGAUGCCUAUAUUUCUAUCCCUCACCCUCACUUUGGAAAAUCCAACCGUUCUGCGGGGCUGCUUCUUCGUGCAUACAGGCAGCAACUGAAGAAAGCACCCCCAGAGGUGAGGAUUGGACAGAACUGGUUGGUGGAGGCAGAGGAACAACUACAGGACUGCUUGGAGUCUGUGGGCAAUGUUCAAGGACUCGACAACGGACCCAAAUGAAUUCACCACAGUCGUUACAGACUUCAUAGGAAAUGUGUGGAGGACUGCAAUUUAACAAAAACCUUCCGAAUGUUUCCUAACCAGAAGCCUUGGAUGAACCAUGAUUUCCACAUUCUGCUGAAGACCAGCUCCCGGCCAUUCAGGUCUGGUGACGCAGAGGUCUAUAAGAAGUCCAGAUAAGACCUUGACAAGGCCAUCAAAAGGGCCUUCCGUUCAAAGCUGGAGGAUGUUCAGCAACUGUGGCAGGGCUUGAAUGCCAUCACCUCCUACAAGGCGAAAUCAGGAGGCAGCUCAAACGACUGCGAAGCAUCACACCCUGACGAAGUCAAUGUAUUCUACGCACGCUUUGAUAGGGAGAACACUGAUGUG